AUGUCGCGCAUCAACACCGAGGGUGUUCGCCAGCGCCCUAUACCCAAAUCCGAGCCUGCCGUGGAACCCGAGAUCAAGCUCACAUCCAACAAUGACAAGCUGAGAGACGAGGACCACCCUGCCGGUCCAGUCAAGCAUGGCCGUCCCAUGCAAUAUUUCCGCGUUGCCUUCUUCGCCGUCUUCUUCCUCAUCGCUGCUCUGGGCAUCCACUCGGCCCAACUCCUCGGUGCUCCCUUGUACUUCUACAACAAGGACUACUUUUACGCAUGGCAGGCCGUCUGCAAGCAAUACUUUGCCCUCGUCCUGAUCACCGGCACCUACCUCUUUGCCCCCACUGUCAUCCGCAUCUCCGGUGACGCCUCAGUCAGCGGUCAACUGAGACAGUUUCCUGAUGGCCGUCUCGAGUGCGACUUCCCCGAACGCCUCGUCCUGGUUGCGAACCACCAAAUCUACACCGACUGGACAUACUUGUGGUGGGUUAGCUAUACUGCCGCAUGUCACGGUCACAUCUACAUCAUCCUGAAAGAGAGCUUGAAGUACAUACCCAUGAUUGGUCCCGGCAUGAUGUUCUACAACUUCAUCUUUAUGAGCAGGAAAUGGGCAAAGGAUCAGCCGCGGCUCAAGCAUCGUCUCGGGAAGCUAUCUACAAGACACACCGGCCCGAUUCUAGGGAGAAAGGACAAGAGUGGUUUGGAUCCCGCUUGGCUGCUCAUCUUCCCCGAAGGCACGAACCUUAGCCCAAACACUCGCAAGUCGUCGGCUAGAUGGAGUGAGAAGUCUGGCAUUCCGGAUAUGAAGCACCAACUCUUGCCUCGCAGCACUGGCCUCCACUUCUGCCUGGAAGGACUCAAGGAUGGCGUCGACUGGCUCUACGAUUGCACAAUUGCCUAUGAGGGUGUUCCUCGCGGCUCUUACGGUGGACAACUUUACACUCUGCGAUCCGUCUACUUCCAGGGUCGCGCUCCCAAAUCUGUGAAUCUACACUGGCGCCGCUUUGCCAUUGCCGAUAUCCCUCUACACAGCAAGGAAGAGACUGAGAACUGGUUGCUGAAUCGUUGGAGAGAAAAGGAUGACUUGAUCGAGUAUUACCUCGAGCAUGGCAGGUUUCCUGCUGAUCCUACUGCUGUGGAUGUCGUAAAGAGAUCUGAGGAAGAGAGCAAGCACGCAGAGUACAUUGAGACGGAAGUGAGGCCGAAGUCUGCUUGGGAGCCGUUGCAGUUGUUUGCGCCGCUGCUCUCAGCGUACUUGUUGUGUAACAUUCUCAUCAAGCUGGUCAAUCUGGUCUUGACGGGGAGAAUGAGCUCAAAUUAG